CAUUAUUUUAAUUUAUGAUUAUUAAUUCACUUUUUUUGUCCGUUUAAAACUCUUCCUUUUUCUGAAUUUACUUCUUUAAAGAACUCUCUGCUUCCACGGUUCCACCUUUCACCUUCUUCUUCGUGUUUUAUUUUUUUAAAAUGGAAGAAACACUUCAUCUUAAUGGAAAGCGUGGAAAAUCUUUUACUCUCAAUCAAGAUAUAAUUAUAUGUCGUUCUUGGAUGACCAUUACCCAAGAUCCAAUUGUGGGUAAUUUGCAAUCAUCAAAUAAUUUUUGGGAUAGGGUGUUGGAUAAUUACAUGAAGAUUGGCAAUGAUCAAAGCGUACGAUCAAGAAAUUAACUUCAAUCUCGUUGGGGAAUAAUCUUAAGAAGUUGCAACAAGUUUCAUGGAUAUCUCACUCAAGUUGAAAACAGAAAACAAAGUGGAAUGACCCAAGUUGAUUUGGUGCUGCAAGCAAAAUUGUUGUAUGUGGAACUUGAGAAUAAGAAAUUUGCAUUUGAACAUUGUUGGGAAAUUUUGCAAGAAAGCAUAAAGUGGCAGGAUUCAACUUUACAGAAAAAGAAAAGUUCUUCAAUGAAUGCUACAAGUGAUUUUCAGCAUCCAUCUUGUCCUUCCGAAAUUUUAGAAAAGCCUAUUUCUCUAGACUCCAACAAUGAUGUUAAUGAAUCAAAUUCUGAAAGACCAAUUGGAAGAAAAGCUGAAAAAGAGUCUCGAAAGAAAAGUAAGGUUGUUGAUACUUCUAACUCCCGUUUAUGUGAUUUGAUGAGUGAGUUUAACAAACAAACAGUUGAGACUCAACAACGAAGAGCGUUGGCUGAAGAACGAAAACUAAAAGUAUUGGAAGAGGCCAAUGACAGAGAGCGUAAAAAGACAGAAAUAGAACUGAAAAUAAUGAUGGACAAAUAUGAAAGGGAACAACAAGAGAAAGAUGAUAAAAUUAUGAUAAUGGACACCUCUAAUAUGGAUUCUGUUACAAAAGCUUAUUAUGAGCAUCGCAAGGCUCAAAUUUUAUCCAAGCUAACUACGCCAACCAACAUCGAGUCAGACUCUUAUGCUCCUUUGCCACCUUCUCCAACACAAAAUUGGUUUUAGAUUUUUCUGUUUAAGUUGUACGUUUUUCUAUUUAAGAAUGUUAUUGUGAACGAUAAUUUAAUCGUAUUUUAUUUUUGAA